AUGUCGCCCGAGGUGAAGAACCUUAAUCCUCCAAAGUAUGAUCCCAUCUCUCUUGACGAGCUCAGCAGAUCCGAUGAUCCCAGCCGCCCGACCCUCGUCGCGAUCAAAGGAAUCGUCUUUGAUGUCUCUGGAAACCCCGCCUAUAAACCUGGUGGAAACUACAAUGUCUUUGCCGGAAAAGAUGCCUCGCGCGCUCUAGCACGCUCGUCCCUGAAGCCGGAAGAUUGCCGACCGGAAUGGCAGGAUUUGGAGGAUAAGGAAAAGGGCGUUCUUGAAGAAUGGUUUUCAUUUUUCAGUAAGAGAUAUAAUAUUGUUGGAAAGGUGGAAGGGGCAUCAAAUAUUUAA